UCUGUUUAGAGUCGCGAGCCGUCGGCAGUCGGCGCCAUAUUACUUCUCUUUGAUUUUUCUCCCUCUCUUCAUCGGUUGCUUCGUUUCUCAGAAUCGGGUGAUUGAAGUUCGAAUCAGAACUGCAGAGAGGAGUUAGCGUCAGAGAUUGGGAAGAGAAAAGAUGACGGGAUUAACAUGUAAUGCUUGUAACAAAGAAUUUCUAGACGCCGAGGAGCAAAAGCUUCACUACAAGUCCGAAUGGCAUCGAUACAAUCUUAAGCGCAAGGUAGCUAAUGUUCCUGGGGUGACAGAGGCAUUAUUUUUAGCUAGACAAUCUGCUGCUGCUGCACAAGAGAAUGCCAAAUCAAGAGAGACCUCGAUGCUAUACUCUUGUGGUCUUUGUAGCAAAGCUUAUAGGAGUGCCCAGGCUCAUGCCCAACAUCUUAAAUCUAGGAGUCACACUAUCCGGGUUUCGCAAGGAACACAUGAUCAAGAAGUUGAAAAACCAAUAAUUAAGCCCCUUCCUCAGCGGAUUUCCAAUAAGGAACCCCAACAGAGUGAGGAGGAAGAGAGUGAGGAGGAGUGGGAAGAAGUUAAUCCUGACGAAGAAAUGAUCGAUGAGGGUGAGGAUGAGGACGAUGAUAUUGAUGCCAUUGAAGUGGACUUCGAUCCAUCAUGCUGCUUCAUGUGUGAUCUAAAGCACGACACCGUUGAUAAUUGCAUGGUCCACAUGCAUAAGCAACAUGGAUUCUUUAUUCCUGAUGUUGAAUAUUUGAAGGAUCCAAAAGGCUUCCUUACAUACCUCGGUCUGAAGGUGAUGAGGGAUUUCAGGUGUCUGUACUGCAAUGAUAAUCGUCUUCCUUUUAGCUGCUUGGAAGCUGUUAGGAAGCACAUGGAAGCAAAAAGCCAUUGCAAAGUGCAUUAUGGCGAUGGAGACGAGAACGAAGAAGUAGAAUUGGAGGAAUUUUAUGAUUACAGUAGCAGUUAUGUGGAUGGAAGCAACCAGCUGGUACAAUCAGGGGCUGGGGACAAUUCUGUAGAACUUGGUAGUGGUGGAGCUGAGCUCAUCUUAGUUCAAAGAACUAACGAUCGACAAUCGACCAAAACACUUGGUUCUAGACAAUUUCUACGUUAUUAUCGUCAAAAGCCUCGACCGUCUCCUGCAAAUGAUGCGCUCUUAACUGCUGUAUUGGCAGCAAGGUACAGGAGCAUGGGAUUAGCGACUGUCCAGUCAAGAGAAACGAUGAUCAGGAUGAAGGUGAUGAAAGAAAUGAAUCGAACCGGGUUGGAAGCUAUGCGUACUAAGAUCGGAUUGAAGAACAACGUAAUCCGAAACCUGCCAAAGAAUGUACCACACUAGAGUGAGGUAUUUUAGUAGCCUUACAUUACAUCUUUUUAAAUUAAUUUAAAACGCUCAUGAUAGAAAGAACAGUCUGCUGUGCAGCUGAAGUGUGUUGUAAUCUUGGGAUUUUUUGUGCUUGUAUUCUCUUGACACCACAAAAUUUUGAUGAUCUGCCAUUUUCUUUAUA